GUGACCAUAAACAAAAAUUCACUCUUUCUGCGAGGUUGCUAGGGCACACCACCUCGCAUACGAAAAGUUGCAGCAAAUAUUUAACUACACGAACGUCAUAGCUUGUCAAAUUUUCAAAAAUACAGCAGUCAAAACUAUGUCGUUAUCGAAAUCUAAAUGCACCAGAUGCGAAGAAAGUUGCGGCAAGGGGAAGGCGAGCGUUGAUGUGAUAAGAAAGCUAGAAGCGGCUUUUGAUAAACUUGCAAGUUCGAACUCGACGUCGUUACUGAAAAGGUACCUAACUCGAACCAUUUUCGAUGACCUCAAAACUCGAAAAACUUCUUUCGGAUCUACCCUCCUAGAUUGUAUCCAAUCAGGACUAGAAAAUUUUGAUUCAUCAAUCGGUGUAUACGCUGCGGAUCCAGAAUGUUACUCCCUUUUUGCUGAACUUUUCGAUCCCAUCAUAGAGGCGUAUCACGGCUUCAAAAAAUCAGAUAGGCAGCCUCCAACUGCUUGGGGACCCGUAGACACUUUCGCAAAUUUGGACCCUAAAGAUGAAUACAUCGUGUCGACUAGAAUAAGAUGUUGUCGCACCGUUAAGGGCUAUCCCUUUAACCCUUGCAUGGCCGCGGAUCACUAUCGGGAAAUAGAACGACAAAUAGUUUCGGUGCUCAACGAGUUGUCAGGAGAAUACAGAGGAAUUUAUCAUCCGCUAACGGGAAUGCCGAAAGACGUUCAGCAAAAUCUGAUCGACAGUCAUUACUUGUUUAAAGAAGGUGACCGAUUUUUGCAAUCCGCAAACGCGUGCAGACACUGGCCAACUGGUAGGGGAAUAUUUUUCAACGACAAAAAGACUUUCCUCGUGUGGGUAUGCGAGGAGGAUCAUCUGCGAAUCAUGUGCAUGCAGCCCGGCGGCAAUGUCGGCGAAGUUUAUAGAAGACUGGUCGGUGCUGUCACAGAACUGGAGAAAAAGCUAACUUUUAUUAGGAGCGACAGAUUUGGAUAUGUUACAUUUUGCCCCACAAAUUUAGGUACAACAAUUAGAGCUUCGGUGCACAUAAAAUUACCGAAACUGGCUUCAAAUAUGGACAAAUUGAAGAACUUGGCGGAGAAAUACCACUUGCAGGUUCGUGGUACUGCCGGUGAACACACUGAGUCUGAGGGGGGCGUCUACGAUUUAUCGAACAAAAGACGGCUGGGACUUACGGAACACGAAGUUAUGAAGGAAAUGUAUACCGGUAUUUCGGAAAUUCUCAAGCACGAAAAGUCGGCGAAGUGAUUGAAAUUUGAGAAUUGUCAAUAAUCAAAGCUGUUUUUUAAAUACACGAUAUU